UAACUUGUUAUCAGUGUUGCCGGUCAUAUACGUAAUAAGCCAUGUGGUUGGUGGUCUAGCUAUCAAAACUUUAUAAGAGGCCAUAAUUUUGCUGAACAAUUGUCGCGCUAUCCACGUUGUCCUGCAAGCUUGUCACACAGUCGCUCUACAAUCUGAAAUCAAAAAUGUCUCAACCCAAGGAAGUCGGCGGCUAUAAACUCGGGAACCUUAUUAUCGAGGGAAAAACUAAACAGGUCUACGAUUUGCCAGACACGCCUGGCCACUGCUUGCUACUUAACAAAGAUAGAAUUACAGCUGGAGAUGGUGUUAAGGCUCACGAUCUGGAGGGGAAGGCAGCAAUUUCUAACCAAACCAAUGCAAAAGUUUUCGAUAUAUUGCAAUCUGCCGGUCUCAAAACUGCGUAUGUCAAAUUGGCAUCACCAACCGCAUUCAUAUCUAAAAAAUGUGAAAUGAUCCCGAUAGAAUGGGUAACUCGUAGACUGGCCACAGGUUCUUUCUUAAAGAGAAAUCCCGGCGUACCAGAAGGUUACCGUUUCACCCCACCGAAACAAGAGACAUUUUUCAAGGAUGAUGCAAACCACGACCCUCAGUGGUCCGAGGAGCAAAUCGUUGCAGCCAAGUUUAAUAUCAACGGACUUCUUAUUGGUCAAGAUGAAGUGGAUUACAUGAGAAAAGCUACUAUCCUCGUCUUUGAGAUUCUAGAAAAAGCUUGGGCUCUUCGCGAUUGUGCGCUAAUUGAUAUGAAAAUAGAAUUUGGAGUCGAUUCUAAUGGAAACAUUCUAUUAGCCGACGUGAUUGAUUCAGACUCUUGGAGGUUAUGGCCUUCUGGAGACAAAAGACUAAUGGUAGAUAAACAGGUAUACAGAAACUUAUCUACUGUAACCGCCGCAGACCUAGACACAGUGAAACGUAACUUCACGUGGGUGAAAGACCAAUUGGACUACUUGAAACCUAAUGUUCAUCACAAAGUGGUUGUGUUCAUGGGCUCGCCAGCAGAUCGAGAGCAUUGCCAGAAGAUCGCUAAAGCUGGUCGUGAUCUUGGACUUAACGUCGAUCUGCGAAUCACAUCAGCUCAUAAGGCUACAGAGGAGACUCUGCGAAUAAUGCAGCAGUACGAAGACACCCAUGGCGCCCUGGUAUUCAUCGCCGUUGCUGGACGAUCUAACGGUCUGGGUCCCGUGCUCUCUGGGAACACUUCUUACCCUGUCAUCAACUGCCCACCGCCCUCUGAUAAAUUAGUUCAGGACAUCUGGUCAUCUCUAUCAGUGCCGUCGGGACUCGGCUGUGCCACAGUUAUUUACCCGGAGAGUGCAGCUCUCAUCGCCGCUCAAAUAAUCGGUCUCCAGGAUUACUUAGUGUGGGCACGACUUAGAGUCACACAACUCGACAUGGCCACCGCAUUGAGACAAGCAGACCAGAAGUUAAGAAACCUAACUGUUUAAAUCUGUUGUUGAAGGCCAAGUUAAAGUGGACUGUUCAAGAAAUAAAUAUAAAAUGUUAAAAAUAUAUCUAUUCCAUGCACUGUUUAUUAAUGUUUAAUUAAUGUAACGUGAUUCUAUUGUGAUGAAAUGUGAUGAAUAUAAUAAAUUUAUAUUUCUAUUAACAUCAUAAUAGGAAAACACGUUAUUAAUAUUUUACUAUUUGUUUUUGUAUGUUAAAUGAAUGUUACAUGUUUACUCUAUUUUGAUGUAAGAAAUAUUUUAAAUAUGUUUGUACAUCCUAAUAGAAAAUAAGUAAUCUCGAAUAAAUUCUCGAAUGUAUGUAGGUACAUUCCAUAAAUAUAUAAAUAUGCAUACUGUCAAAUGAUGUUU